AUGCUAGUUCUCAGGGUGCUCAAUGUUGUUGCUCCAGCCUACUUCCUGUGCAUCUCCUUAGUGACCUUCGUCCUCCAGCUCUUUCUCUUCAUCCCCAGCAUGUUCAAAGACCCUUCCACCACCCCACUUUUCUCUCCUGCUCUGCUGCAUGGGGCCCUCUUCCUCUUCCUCUCAGCUAAUGCCCUGGGGAACUACAUCCUUGUGAUACAGAACUCCCCUGAGGACCUUGGCAAGUGCCUGAACUCGGGCGGAGGAGCCGAAGUGGUGGCGGACCGGCCGGACGGAAGCAGGUCCCCUUGCUCAGCCUUGCCCAGCACCCACUUCUGUAGACUGUGUGCCAGAGUCACCCAAAGGCAUGACCACCACUGUUUCUUCACAGGGAACUGCAUCGGGAGCAGGAACAUGCGGAACUUCGUCAUGUUCUGCCUCUACACCUCCUUGGCUUGUCUCGACUCCCUGGUGGCAGGGGUGGCUUACAUUUCUGCAGUGCUCUCUAUGUCCUUUGCAAACCCACUGGCCUUCCUCACCCUCCUGCCUCACUCCAUCAGCCAGUUCUUCUCAGGAGCUCUCCUUAGCUCUGAAAUGUUUGUCAUUCUCAUGCUGUACCUCUGGCUUGGAAUUGGACUUGCCUGUGCUGGCUUCUGUUCCCACCAGAUACUGUUGAUCUUACGAGGGCAAACUCGCUACCAGGUGCGGAAGGGGAUGGUGGUAAGAGCCCGGCCCUGGAGGAAGAACCUGCAGGAUGUCUUUGGGAAGAGGUGGCUAAUAGGACUUCUCAUUCCUAUACUAAAUGUGGGAAGUGACUAUCACAGGCAUAAAGACAAGUAA